AUGCGGCCCAUCGUGUGCAUGACUGGAGGCAUUCAUCGUCUCGUGGCAAAUGCGAGGGUGGCACAGCACUCGCUUGCGCUACCCGUGUGGGUGCCGCAUAGCAAGAUGCAUGUGCGCUUCGCUAGUCAUGAAGCAUCGGAACGCCGCAAGACACUUGGCAGGCUCGCGCUCGCACCACCACGAUACCCACCAAAAGAGGCCCCAGAACCAAUUGUGUUCGAUGAGCCAGCCGUACCGUUUCCACACCGUGCGGCCAAUCAGCAAGCCGCCUUUUAUCGCAGCUCACGCGUUGCCUCGUACGUGCUAGCCGCGGCCAUUGUGCUAGGUGGUACGGCAUACUUUGGCAGUCAUGCCCUUUCAGCGGAUGAUGGAUCGCCCAAGGACAGAUCGCCUCCGUCCACACUCGAAUCGCUGUACAUGGAACUCAAGAAGGGCUUGUCAGACUCGAAUGCUUCACAAACUGCCCAAUUUAUGGUGCUCGCGCUGAAGCGCUCCACCAUCAUUAUCAAGGCUGUGGCUCUUUGCGUUCUAGAUUAUCGCCGCACGCUUAACGCAAAGUAUGCAUCCAAGGAGGAGGAGAAUGAGAGCUUGCGCGAGUGCCAUUUGCGGUCGGCGCAGCGUCUGCUCGAGGCACUACAGGCCAAUGGUGGUCUCUACAUCAAGCUGGGACAGCACCUUUCAUCCGUCAUCCUGCUCCCGCCUGAGUGGACAGCGACUAUGCGCCCCUUGCAAGACCAGAACGAGCCAACACCAUUGCCUGAGCUUGAAAUCAUGUUCCACAACGAGACAGGCAAGACAUUUGAGGAGGCAUUUUCGUGGAUGGAUGAAAAGCCGCUCGGUGUGGCAUCUCUCGCUCAAGUGCAUCGUGCCUGUGACCGCGAGACGGGUCAAGUACUUGCCGUCAAGAUGCUGCACCCGAACGUGGAGCGCUUCUCGGAUAUUGAUAUGCGAAUGGUAACCAUUCUUGUCCGGUGGGUGAAGCGCAUGUUCCCCCAGUUCUCCUUUGAAUGGCUCGCGGACGAGAUGAACAAGAAUCUGCCACUGGAGCUGGAUUUCCGUCAUGAAGCAGGCAACUCUCUGCGGGCGCAGAAAGACUUUGCUCAGUACAAGUCGACGUGUGUGUACUUUCCCAAGGUGCCUUGGGUACACAAGCGCGUCAUGGCCAUGGAAUUCGUGAAUGGCCACCGCCCCGAUGACCUUGUGUACCUGGCAGAGCACAAAAUCGACCGGAAUCGCGUCUCGCAGGAGCUCUCGCGCAUUUUUGCCCAGAUGCUAUACAUGCACGGAUUUUUCCAUGCAGACCCACACGGCGGCAAUGUCUUGAUCCGCCCGCGCCAGCCGGGCUCGCGCUCCAGCGAGAAUUUUGAAAUUGUGUUGCUCGACCAUGGCUUGUACUUUGCCAUCGACGAGGAGCUGCGCGCCAACUAUGCGCGCUUUUGGCUCUCACUUCUCUCUCGCACCACGCCCAAAGUGACACAAGAGCGACGUAAAUAUGCCAAGCUGAUUGGUAAUAUUGGCGAUGACCUGUACCCGGUGCUGGAGAGUGCCAUUACGGGUCGCUCGGGUCUCGAGGGCAGCGAUAACAACAAUCCAUCAGGCGUGAAAGGCCGGCCACGCAAGUCGUCUCUCCUGGAUCUUGACUCGAACACGAGCAUCUCAGAUGAAGAGAAAGAUCAUAUCCGCAAGACGGUUUUGGAGAAGGAAGGCUUGUUGCUGGACGUGAUGGAGCUGCUCCGCCGUGUGCCGCGAGUCAUGCUCAUGGUGCUCAAGAUCAAUGACCUCACCCGAGGCCUUGAUGCGCACCUGCAUACGACGCACGGCACGGCCCGCCCUUUUAUUAUCACAGCACGGUACUGUGCGCUAGCCGCGCGCAGAAAUGAUAAGGAAAAACUUGCUCAAUGUCGUCGCGAGCAUGGCGUGUCCCUGCAUUGGCUUCGCGACAAUAUCGUCUCGUGGUGGAACUAUGUAUACUUCAACCACGGCCUCAUGCUGCUCGAGCGCCUGUCGGAUAUCAAGGCCCGUAUCGCUAAGUAUACAUUGUAUGCGCGCGCUAUGUUCUCUGAUGGCUUCGAUACACGGGCAGCACACCUCGCAGCCACGGGUGUCUCGGCGCAAGAGCACGAAGAACAGCGUGAUCGUGAAGCCAGUGAGAAAGCAAAGCGCGCUCUCCGAUCUGAUGCAUCAAGUAGCACCGCAUAA